AUGUCCACAGCCGUGGCCCUCCCACCUCCACCGAUUCGAACCACCAAAGAUCUCAAGGCGGCGCACCAUCUCUCCUCGGGCGGCGCGUCGGGUCUUGCGUCCGCUAUAACCCUGCAGCCCCUGGAUCUGCUCAAGACUCGUCUACAGCAGGCUUAUGCGACCGAAGCGAAGGGGGCCAAGCGGAGAAAGCUGAGCCAGGUAGUCAGUGGUGUAUUGCGAGAUGAUGGAAUACAAGGCUUAUGGCGGGGUACCACACCCACUGUUGUUCGAAACGUCCCCGGCGUAGCCAUGUACUUCUACUCACUCUCCGCUAUCCGGGGAUACCUGACCACCAUCCCAUUCUUCGCUAUCCCCCUCACACAGCCUACAGGUCAGCCGCCAACGGCAGUGGCUGCUCUUCCCGCCUCCUCUGUCCCGGCCGCAGCGCCGAUAUCGCCCGCAUCAAACACAGCCCUGGUCAAGCUAUCACCCCAGGGCAAUCUUAUUGCUGGUGCGAUAGGGCGGACAGGGGUCGGUUUCAUACUGAAUCCAGUGACGGUCCUGAAGGCGAGGUUCGAGAGUGGCCAGUACAAGGAAUACAAAUCGCUCUUCUCUGCUUUCAAGUCGCUGCUACGGCAAAACGGCGUCCGGGGGCUGUUUCAGGGGUUCACAGCGACGGCAGCGCGAGAUGCACCGUAUGCGGGAAUGUACCUCGUCUUCUAUGAGAAGGGGAAGGAUCUGGCUGGACGACUCGUCAAGCCGGAAUGGGGGAUACCGUAUGCUGCUCAGCACUCUGUCUCGGGAGCUCUGGCAGCUAUACUAGCGACGACUAUCACCUCACCAGCCGACGUAGUCAAAACAAGAAUGCAGGUGAACUUCACGAAUCACCCGACAAUACGAAUCGCCAUCAGCAAGAUCUACGCCGACCGGGGACUCGCCGGUUUCUUCUCUGGCUCGUCCUUAAGAGUCUCGCGCAAAGCGGCGUCGAGCGCGAUAGCUUGGACGGUAUAUGAGGGAUUACUGCUCUUUUAUCGGGAUAGGGAAGCCUGA